AUCCAUUCGGAACGCGCCCACGCCCUCACUUCUUGGAGAUGGGCGAUGGUGGCGCUGUAGGCAAAGGGAAGGAUGACGACCUGGAGAACCCGUACGAGCUCCUGGAGCUGGAAGAUGACGCCGGGGAGAAGGAGAUCAAGACUGCCUACCGCAAGCUCUCGCUCAAGUGCCAUCCGGAUAGAAAUCCCGAUGACCCAGAGGCGGCAGAGAAGUUCGAUCGCUUGACGCGGGCAAAGGACUUGUUGGACUGCGGUCGACGAUCAGAACUGGACAGGAAGCGCAAGGCAGCCCGGGAUUUGGAGGAGCGGCACGCGCAGGAAGACGCCAAGCGCCGUAAGUUCCGGGAGGAUUUGGAAGGCCGGGAGACUGCGGCCAACGCCCGCAGCGCCGCUGCGAAGAGGGCCGCGCACGACGCAGAGGCUCGCCGGAAGUUCCUGCAGCAGGACAUGGCGCAGCGGAUCCGCGCGAAGGAGCAGGAGCUGUCAAUGCGCCAGCAGGAGGUGGCGGCUUCCGCCGCUGAGGCGCGGGAGACGGCGCUGGACGCGCGGCUGCGGCUUACCUGGCGAGGUGCUGCGCCCAGCAUAGAAAGCAUCCGCCAGGAGCUUUCAGACUUCGACCUAAAGUCCAUGGAAGUUGGUGUGUCCUCUGCCAUUGUGCAGAUGGGCAGCCGGGAGUCGGCUCUGAGGGCGGUGCUGGAGUGCCGCUCCCGCAAGAAUUUGUCCUUCAAGGUGGCGAUGGCCCCCAAGGAGGAGAAGGAGGCGACUGAGAAGCCCAAGGUGGCGCGAAAGCCAUCAGGCGAGUCGCUGGGCCGAAGCCAGAGCUUCGAUGACUGGGAGGAGCAGAUGAUGGCCGACAUGAGAAACCUCAUCAAGAAGAAGACGGCAACCUAAAAGAGCUGCCUCUCUCUGUCUCUCUCAACACUGGAAGGUGAGACAGGGAUCGCGUCGCAGAUCAACUCGCAGCAGUGCAGCCUGCACUCAUGCAGCCUGCCGCUGACUGGGGCCAGCCGUUGAGUGCAGUCG